CUUUUUUCUUUUGUUUUGGUCAAGAAAUUGAUUCCUUUUAAUUGUGAACCAUUUUCUCUUUUAAAUUGUUAAUCUCUAUUAAAUUUAAUUGUACACAUCGAUUACUUUAAUUAUCCACAUUAUGCUUACCUUUGUUCGUAAUCAAUAAUACACAACCAAUGGCAGAAACAUCGUUAACUACUCAGGUAAAGGAAGACGAGACCCAAAAGUCGGAAACUGAGAUACAAUCAACAUCAACAUCAUCAGCAUCUGAAGAUAAACCAACUUCAUCAUCUUCUGGUUCUUGGUUUUCUAAUAUUGUAAAUGUUGCCAAACAAAAGUCUUCCAAAACAUUGGAGUUUAUGAAAAGAGAUCUAACUGAAUUUAAAGAUACAGUUCAACUGAAUACAAGUGCAGCAAUUAACACAACAACCUCUUACAUUGGUGAAACCAUAUCAUCGCUUAAUAAUCCUAAAGAUGAGACAGAUAAUCCAGAGGAAAAGGAUGAGCCUGAGGCUGAUCCAGAGACAACCAGUGAAAGUAAAGAGUUGAUUCCAUCGCCAGUACACAAAAGUAACACCAAUCAAAAAGAAGCCGAUUUAAUUAACUAUUUGAGUAACAAAGCAAAGUCCAUAUUUUCUAGUAUUGUUGAUGUUAUGAUUCCCCAUGAAUAUGAGGAUGAUGAUGAUAUUUGUUUUGUUAAAGGAAACAAAAUUGUCUCCAUUGAAAGAGGUCGAUGGGAUCUUCUCAUGAAAACCAUUCAAUCUGAUCCACAAACCUAUUGUCAUGAACCUGAAGGUCCACCCGAAGAUUAUGAGAAUUGGUUGAUCUCUUUUAACCUGAUUGACUAUGAUUAUAAAAUUGAUCAACUACUUUCCAGUGAAGAUGGAGUAGUAAAGGGUUUCUAUGAGAAACUGGUUCCACACUCAAUUACUCCUGAUGAAUUUUGGCAUCGUUAUUUUUAUAAAGUUCACCAGUUGAAACAAAUUGAAUUCCAGCGAUUGGCUGCCAAAGCCGAGGAACAGGAAAGACAAGAAAAGGCUGAAGAGAUUAAAGCAGAAAAGGAAAGAAUCGAGAAGGAAAUUGGUGAAAAAGAAUCGGUAUCAACCACAAUCAAGGAAACAAUUAAACCACCAGGAUCAGUACCAAGCAGGAAUAACAGUAACACCAAUUUGGAAUUGAAAAAAUCAAGUCCAGUUAAUGAUUUGGAAAUUAAAACCUUGACAACAUCCAACAUCACCACCACAACCUCAACGACAACCACUAGCACCAAUACUAGUUCAUUGAUUGGUUCAACAAUCAUGACAAGUUCAAUUGAUACUUUGACUGAAGGUAAUCAAUUAAUUGGAGGUGUUGAAGGAAACAAAUUAACCAGUGGCGGAGUUUCACCAGCAUCCGAUUCAACCAAACAAUCAGAUGGAUCAGAAGAAUGGGUAAAAACGGAAAUGAUGGACGAUAUAGUGACCGAAGCAAUGAAAAAACUGGACACUAAAUUAACCGAUAAUCCAACCGGAUCAAAAGUUAAAGACGAUGAUGAUGAUGACAUGUUAUAUGAUUGGGAUUCUAGUUAGAUUAAUAAUCAGCCCUGGUAUUAAUUUCCUUUUCAACAUUUAUAUAAAUAAUACAUAUUUAAUUAUCUUCAUCACUAAUUAAUCAUUCUUUUGAUUUCAACCUUUUCAAUUAUAAUACAUUGGAGUUAAAUCAAUAAGCAACAUGAAAAUCAACAAAAAAAAACUCACACACCAGUUGAAAGAUUUAUAUAUUAUAACAAUUAAGUAAUGUUAAUUUCUGUUCUGGCUUUUGAUUGUGCUAAUCAAAAAGACAAUUGUAUUUGGAGGGGCCAAUUUCAUUUCUUUUAAUUUUCUUUAAUUGUAAAUGUGUACAAUAUAUAAUUAACUAUCAACAUAAUCAACAUAACAAAAAAAAUGCUAAAAAAAUCAGAGAAACAAAAAAAAAGAUCAAAAAGUUUGAAUUAUAUUGUAACAAUCAAUUCUAAUUGUAACUCUUAUCCUGCUUUUCAAUUGUAAUUGUUUUGAAAAGAUUCAUAUGAUUAUCUCAAAAGUUUAAAAUGCAAUACAUUUAAUCGUCCGAUAA